AAGCAAGAAUAGGUUAUCAUUUUUACUGAUUUUACAAAGUUGCUUGAUGAAUAUACAACGACUUAUUUGCAAGAAUCAGCCCUAUGCACUGAGCAAUGCUGAGUAUAAUAAAUUUUCUGGCCCACUAACUUCAAGUUGCCAUUUCUUUUCACUCACUGCCACAGCUUGCCACCAUUAUCCAUGGCAAAACAGGUUGUAAAUAUGUAUCAGGAUUAUUAAAUCUUACAAAUUUAAUUAAAACUAACCUCCAAUAGGGGGCUUUGUCCCCUUCAACUUCCCCACCUGCUGCAGGUGACCGCCCCCAUUCACCUCCCCUUACAUUUCAGUGAAUGAAACAAAGAUAUCGAGUAAUUUGCAACAGAAACAGUACUAAGAAAUGUUGAAGAGCAAAUUGGCAUCUAUCAGAAAAGAAAUAGUGUCAGCCACCGGAGUGAGGUGUGUUCCAGGAGGUGAGUGAUGACAUUGGCAGCAUGGGUGCCUCGGAGCAGAGUAACCAGACCCCCGACCCGUCACCUUGCCGGGAAGCUCAGUACAUCGCCAGUGUCGACGUGGGCACCACAAUUUUGCGAUGCUUCAUAUACAACAGUCAGGCCAGGCUCUGCGGCCGGGCUGAAGAAAAGGUGACCCUCCUGUACCCAGCCCCCAGAAGGGUAGAAAUCGACCCUGAGGAAUUGUGGAGCAAGUUUUUGAGUGUGAUGAAUGCAGCGAUAUCCAAUGCUGGCUUGGGUCCAGGUGACAUCAGGUGUAUUGGCUUGAGCACCCAGCGGGCCACCUUCACCACCUGGGACCGCCGCACUGGUGUUACAUUCCACAACUUUAUCACCUGGAAGGACAUGAGGGCAGAUACAUUGGUCAAUCAUUGGAAUUCAUGCCUGACAAUGAAAACACUUCGCUUUGGCAGCUCUCUUCUGUACCUGUUUCUGCGAAGCAAGAGGUACCUGGCUGCAAGUGUUCUGAAGUUCAUGAAUAUUCAGGUGAACAUGAGGCUCAAGUGGGUGCUUGAGAAUAAUGAGAUGGUGAGGCAUCUGGCGAAUGAAGGUCAAGUAAUGUUUGGUACCAUUGACACAUGGCUGGUAUAUAGGCUCACAGAGGGAAAGGUGUAUGCCACCGACUACUCCAAUGCCAGUGGUACAGCCCUCUAUGACCCGUACCUGGAAGACUGGAACUCCUUCUUUCUAAAGUUGUUUCAGAUGCCCAAGAGCCUCUUUCCAAAGCUGAAGGACUCUGUUGGGGACUGGGGCAUGUGUUCUCCUCAGUACUUUGGUGUCCCCAUCCCCAUCACAGCAGUGGUGUCUGACCAAGGUGCAUCAUUGUUCGGGUCUUGUGGCUUUCAGCCCGGUGACGUCAAGGUCACUCUUGGGACUGGUGCUUUUCUUAAUGUAAAUACUGGCAACAAGGCUCACACUUCUGUCAAAGGAAUAUAUCCAGUCCAUGGUUGGAAGGAUAAAGAAGGACUUGUCCACAUGGCUGAGGCUUCCUCGCAAGACAAUGGAACAGUGAUUGAAUGGGGGCAAGCUAUUGGUCUGUUUGAAAAAGCAUCAGAAACCUCAGACUUGGCCAGAUCAGUGGAGGGAUCUGGAGGGGUGUUCUUCAUCCCCAGUUUCCAGGGGAUCCAGGCUCCUGUGAAUGAUGCAACAGCAACUGGGGGCUUUUUGGGUUUGAGCGCCAACUCCACUCGAGCUCACCUUGUGCGGGCCAUGCUGGAGUCCCUUGCCUUCCGCAUUCACCAGAUAUACAGGACCAUGCUUGCUGAGGCUGACUAUGAGUUACUGAAUCUCAGAAAGGAAUCUCCCCUUAGAGUGGAUGGAGGUGUGGCCCAGAAUGACUUCCUGGUGCAAAUGAUUUCCACCCUUACUGGCAAACCUGUGGAAAGACCAAUGUCCACCGAUGUCUCUGUCUUGGGUGCUGCUUUCCUGGCAGGGAUGGGAGCUGGGAUCUGGAAGUCCCGCAAGGAUUUGAUUCCACUAAUGGAGGUGGAUAAAGUGUUCCAUCCUCAGCCACAUCUUCAGCCUCAACUUCUCACCCUUAUGAAGCAGUGGGAGCAAGCACUACAACGCUGCACAAAGUGGCACUCCAAGAGUGAAGCGGACCAGGGGAUGGAAGCCCAUGAAGGGAACUCCAUGAGGGAGGAGGAGGGAGAGGCUAGGUUACUUCAAGGGUACGAGGGCAAGGACUUAUGCGAUGAUGGCCCGCCUGAUAUGAAACACGUUAACUCUUGCACCUCCAAUGGUGGUGAAGUAACAAGACUCAGGAGCUGCAAAUCUGCAUCAGAAACCAGAUUUAAUUCACUCUCCAUUUAUCUGAGUGCCAUGAUAUUCUUCCUGUUGAGCUCCUAUUUUUAUAAUCAGCUGUAGCAUCAGCACUGUAGUAGAAUCUUUAGGCUCUGGAAGUUCAAUUGUCUAUGUUUGAAGAUUGCCACAGAUGUUCAUCCUAAUACUUUUAUUAUAAGUUGAAGUUUGGUAGUAAUGCACAUGAAGUUACACAAGGGUAUAAGAAGACUACAAGAGGCCAGACGGCCUUCGCAUGGCAGCUCCUGAGAGUGUAUAGAUACACUCCAAAGUUGUAUCAUGAAUUACACAAGAAAAUGUCUUGUAGCAGAUACCUUGUUUAGUUAAACUUGAGCUUUAAAAUUUUUGUGGUUGAUAUUUUGUUGCUUAGUUUGUUUGUAAAAUGUUGUGUAGCUGGCGUUGUUGGGGAUUAGUAAAAUUUAUUGUUUUUAAGACCUGUUAAAGUUGAUAAUUUUAUAUAAAUUUCUACUUUUCUAUGAUCAUUAAUAAUCCAUUUGUAAUUUUGUAUGCAUUUGUACAUGUGGUGCUCAUAUCCUCAGAAAACAUUAGUAUAUAUUAAUAUCACUUGUCUUCUGUACAUGUAAUGCUAGUCAGUUCCAUGGUAGCAGGAAGAUGGAGGCGUUGGAGAUGCUGCAUAAAUCCUGUUUCUUGAGGACUGCUGGGAUAGUUAGAGGGAUCAUGAAUGAAAGGUAUAUUCCUGAACAGAUACUUUAAAAUAUGAAAAUGUAUAACAUAUUUUUAUACUUGAAUGAUCCUGAAAUGUCAUAUGAUAUUAUAUUCCUUUGAAUGGCAACUAAAGUAACUCCUGAAGUGUUUUUGGAUCUGAUUCUGCAUCCUCACUAGAUUGUGAUGUUGCAGUAUUGUCUUCCAUCAACAUUUAUACUUAUUAUAAUUGAUCAAAAUUAUUUCCAUGCUAAGUCAAUGAGUGUGUCAGUUUCAUUAUUCACUAAUAGUAAGUCUUGACUCAAAAUGAAGUAGUGUUUUGUGUCAUAAGGGGCACUGUUGUUACAAAGUGGGGAGAGCUUACUACUUAAUAUAACAGUUAUACUCUUUCAAGUGAUGUCUUCCACUUCUUUUUGCCAGAAUAUUCCAGUUACAAUAGGUGAAUAGUACAAGCAAAUCAAGAUCACUGUUUCUUUCAGUUUAGUGUCUAUAAUAAUCUUUCAUCCAUCAUUUCCAUUUUCCACCCUCAUUAUUGCAGACUCUUAUUAAGUACAUGGUCACAUGAAAUAGGCUCCUAAGUUGAGAAAUGUAGCCAGCCCAGCCACAUUGCUAUCACCUACUACCAAGAGAAGAGGAUAAUAAAUAUAUUGCCUGACUCCUUGGUGUAGCCUAGUAACCACUCAUCCACAUAGAAAUAUUUUGAAAUCAUUGAAGAAAAAGUUGAGGUUUGUAUAACCUUUCAUAUAACACUAUAAUUUAUGUGGCUUAUUCUAUCAAGAAGCCCCCUUUUACCCCAGAAUGAUGUGUAUUCCUAGUUCCUACACUUUUCACAUGCAUGGUGUUAACUUUCACCUAUAUGGUUUGAAUAUUUCCUCUGCAAAAGAAAGUAAUAUGAAUACUCAAGUAAGAAUGCUCCGUAUUUUGGAGCUGGCUCCUGAGAGUCAGGUAAAGACUUGUAUAUGUAUGGUGCUUCUUAGAUUGGCUAAAUGUGAAUGAUAUUUCCAUGGUCUGACUUUUCAGAGUCCUUGAUGGACAAAAUCGUGCUUCAAGUGUUUCUUCUAGAAUAUAUCCAAGAUAGGGAACUGACUGUAAGGCUUAUACAUCUUAUGUAUCAAGUUUUUGGUAAUCAAUGAUCUAUAUGUAGCUAUGGGGGUAAAUUGGGUUUGUCAUGUUUGUGUAGAUAAUAAAUUAUAUAUUUUUAUAUAUUAUACAGAAGAGCAGCUGUUUAUUAAGGGAAAUCAGCUUAAAUAAAGUUUAUAGCAAAUA